AUGCUUUCAUCAAUAAAAUAGAAAGAAAAUGAGCCUAUCUUUUAAGGAUAUUUUAAAGAAAAUAGUGAUGACGACAAUGAUGAUAAGUCUAUUAGAAAACCAACCUUGAUAAUGAAUGUUUAAGGUAAUUUAAAAUUUUUAUAGAGAGAUACUAAAUAUGAUGUUGUAAAAUUUGUUGGUAAGAAUAUAUUUAAAUGGAAAUUAUAAUAUGAAAUUGAUGGAAAUUUAUGGGAUAUCUUUUGGACUGAUGCUUCUGUUUAAUCAGAAACAUUGGGAAAAAUGCAACGUUUAUAUUAUAAAUAUAUAUCUUAUUAGCUCAUCAAAAAAUCAACCAUUUUCCAGGUAUGUUCUCACUUUCUCGUAAAAAUCAUUUAGGAAGAAAUCUUAUGAAAAUGAAGAAAGAAUUUCCUUAUGAGUAUAAAUUCUUUCCUUUAACUUGGUUACUACCAACUGAUUAUGGGGAAUUUAGAAAUUAGUUUACAAAAGGCAAAAUUAAGACAUUUAUUGUUAAACCAGAGGCUAGUAGUUAAGGAAGAGGAAUUUUUCUAACUAGAAACAUUAAUGAUAUUGAUCCAACUGAUCAUUAUGUAGCAUAGCGAUAUUUAGAUAAUCCAUUUUUAAUAGAUGGAUUAAAGUUUGAUUUAAGAGUAUAUGUACUAUUAGCAGGUACAGAACCUUUGAGAAUAUAUGUUUAUCAAGAUGGUUUAGUGAGAUUUGCUACUUAACCAUAUGUACCACCUUCCUCUAGUAAUCUUGAUGAUGUUUGUAUGCACUUGACUAAUUAUGCUAUAAAUAAAGAAAAUCCUAAUUUUAUUUUUAAUAAUGAUGUAUCAAAAAUGGAUGUUGGACAUAAAAGAUCAAUUAAAUCAGUUUUUGGUAAAUUAUAAGAAGAAGGAUAUAAUAUAGAAAAGUUAUGGUAAGAUAUGUACAAAUUAUUUAUUAAAACAUUUUGUUCAGUUCAACCUAUCUUAAAUCAUCAUUAUAAAUCAUGUCAACCAGAUAAUUAUGCUAAUAAUAUGUGUUUUGAAAUAUUAGGUUUUGAUAUUUUUCUAAAUCAUAAGCUAUAACCUUAUUUAUUGGAAGUAAAUCAUACUCCAAGUUUUACAACUGAUACACCUUUGGAUUCAAUUAUUAAAAAAAACCUUAUUAGGGACACAUUAAUAUUGAUGAAUGUAAAUAUAAAAGCAAAAAAUUAAAUUAUUUAAUCUAGAAGAGAGUAAUUAUAAUAGAGAGUGUUAACAGGAAAAAAGUAAAAAAUUACUUAAGAAGAAAAAUAAGCUCAAAUUUAAAAAUAUUAAAAACUUAGGGAUGAGUAUGAAAAUAACAAUCUAGGAGAUUUUAUUAAAAUAUAUCCAUUAUAAGAUUCUGGAGAAUAUAAAAGAUUUAUUGAAUUUGCAUCUAAAUUAUAGGAUAAUUGGACAGGAUCAAGUAAUUAUAAUAUCAAUUAUUAAAGAUAUAAAGAGGAAUUAUAAAGUGGAAUCAAAUAAAAUAAAUACAAAUAUUGGGCAUUUUGUGAUUAAUCCAUAAAAACAAUAAUUACACCAAAAAAUGAAGGAACGAUAAAUUAGGAUCAAUUAAUUUGGAUGUUAAAAUGACGAACAAGAAUUAUAAAAUUAUUAAAAAUAAGUGAUUGUUUAGAAUUAAUUUAAAAAAUAGGUAUAGUGA